AUGGGGAACCACGAAUGGGUGGAGGAGGCAGAGACAGAGCCACAGGCAAUUAGGGUUUCAGUGGUCAAGUAUGUGGUGUUUGAUCUCAGAAGACAUUUGGUCACUGAAGAUGGGCAUGUGGUGAUGGUGGCUAACGUGGGCCAAAUUCUCCAGUUCGUUGUUUUCCCCCUGGACAUGUCAAUCCCACGCUUUGCCCUCGCCGCAGCCCUUCUGCUCGGCCAGCUCUCCACCAGCCAGUAG